CUUAGAUGUUGGUAUUGAUGUUUCAACUUGUUCCUAGUCAUCACUAAGUUAAUGCUAUCACUGUCCUCCUCCUUUUCUUAAUAAAGUUACCAAAUGAGCUUCUGCCAAUUAAAUCAUGUUAAGUGCUGCAAGUUCAUCGAGUAUGAAAUAUAUAUUGCAGUCUGGUGAGAAAUUUGAAUGCUCUGGAUACACUAAACUGGAGGGAUGGUCAAUGUAACAGUUUGUGUGAGGUUUAGACCCUUGAGUCUUAGUGAGAAAAGACUUCAUGGCGACAGUAUCUGCAUUCAGGCUUUGAACACUCAGUCUUUUACACUCAAGGAUGAGAAGGAAGAAGAUAUUACAUUUUGCUUUGACAGAGUCUUCUAUCAAGAUUCUGAGCAAGUAGAUGUCUACGACUUUCUUGCUAUGCCGAUAAUUGAAGGGGCUGUGAAUGCAAUAAAUGGAACCAUUAUCGCUUAUGGACAGGUAAGAUGUAACAGAGCCAAACAUUCUUGUGCACAAUGUUGACAUUGCCACUCUAGCCUUCCUUACUAUUUUGCUUUUGAUGUGCAUAUGCUGCAUUAGCAAGUAGAAGCUUCUAUUUUGAUGUCACAUUUUAAGCUUUGCAACGAUUAGUUUGUAUACUUUAACUAGGUACUUUCUGGAUAAUCACUUGUUUUGGAGCUACUCUCAGCAGUAACAAUAUGUACUUCAAGAACUUGUGGUGAUAAGAAAACAUCUGUGGAAAUAGAACUCCUGAAGAACAGGAACAGGUGCUUAAAAUGAUGACAACACAAGUCCAUAACCAUCCGGUUGA